GCUCGGUGGGUUGACACAACAUACAUUUUAGGAAGCGGUUUUAGAAAAAGGGAGAGAAACGCACUGACAUAAAAUGACCUGAAAAUCACAGCAGACCAGAGAAUAAAAAAGAAGAAGUCAGCAGAUUCAAUUACAUCAUGCUUCUGCAGAUAUGGCGUCCACUUCCUUCGAUGUGCCGUGUGUUUGUCCAGAGAAACACACGGAUGCGCUGACACACAGAGCACUUUGCCGUGUUUCCCCGGAGGCCGUGCCUCUGGGUAACGAGGCGGCGGAACAAGCAGCGCUCUCCAAAAUCUGAUGAAUGACGUAUAAAGCACAGGAGGAAACUUAAUCACUUUGUCUAAGUUCCUCCUCCCUCAGCUGUGCGAUGGAUCGUCCUCUUCUGGGCCGGCUGUCGGCCCGGGGCUGCUGCUCCUCCAGGACCCUGAAGGCCUGGCUGCCCAUCCUCUCCUGGCUGCCCGGGUACCAGCUGAAGUGGCUCCAGAUGGAUCUGCUCGCCGGCCUCACCGUCGGGAUGACGACUGUACCGCAGGCGCUGGCGUACGCCGAAGUAGCCGGCCUCCCUGUACAGUACGGACUCUACUCUUCCUUCAUGGGGGGGUUCAUCUACACUCUCCUGGGGACGUCUAAGGAUGUGACACUGGGUCCCACGGCCAUCAUGUCCCUGCUGUGUUUCUCCGUGGUGGGGGGGCAGCCACACCGAGCCGUGCUGCUCAGCCUGCUCUGUGGACUCAUCCAGGCUGGAAUGGCUUUACUGAGAUUAGGUUUCCUGCUGGACUUCAUCUCUUUCCCUGUUAUAAAAGGCUUCACCUGUGCUGCCGCGGUAACCAUCGGCUUCGGCCAGGUCAAGAAUAUUCUGGGACUCCAGGGCGUUCCUCACGAGUUCUUCCUGGAGGUUUACUACACCUUCUACAAGAUCCCAGAGGCCAGGAUCGGCGACGUGGUGCUGGGCCUUCUUUGUCUCGCUCUGCUGGUCGCGUUGCUGUUCAUGAAGACCACUCUGGGCUCGGAGGACGCUCCCACCUGCUCCAGGGUGGCCAGGAAACUAGUGUGGGGUGUUGCUACCAUGCGUAACGCUCUUGUGGUCGUGGCCGCGUCCUUCGUCGCAUUUUCCUGGAACGCUUACGGUUAUCCUGUGUUCACGGUCACUGGGGAGACGUCACAGGGGCUCCCGCCGUUCAGACCUCCGCCCACCACAGACACCACAGCCAACGGCACCGUGGUCACCUUCGGAGAGAUCGUACAGGGCCUUGGAGGAGGGAUCGCUCUCAUUCCCUUCAUGGGUGUGUUGGAAAGCAUCGCCAUUGCGAAAGCUUUUGCCAGUCAGAACGACUACAGGAUCGAUACCAACCAAGAGCUGCUGGCAAUUGGUGUGACCAACAUCAUGGGCUCCUUUGUGUCAGCCUACCCUGUCACUGGCAGCUUUGGGAGGACGGCAGUGAACUCCCAGACCGGUGUUUGCAGUCCAGCUGGAGGGAUCAUCACCAGUGUGGUCGUGCUGCUCUCCCUGGCGUUCCUCAUGCCGGCCAUCCGCUACAUCCCCAAAGCGUCUCUAGCUGCUGUCAUCAUCUGCGCCGUGGCUCCCAUGGUGGAUUAUCGCGUCGUUGCCAAGAUGUGGAAGAUACGCAAGAUCGACCUGCUGCCGUUCGCCGUGACGUUCCUGAUGAGCUUCUGGCAGGUGCAGUACGGGAUUGUGGGAGGUGUCGCUGUAUCUGGAGCGCUGCUGCUGUACAACACGGCGCGACCACCGAUAAAGGUGUCUGAUCAAGGGGUGCUGGUGAUGGAGCUGGGCAAUGGACUGAGUUUCCCUGCCACCGAGUAUCUGAGCCACAUCAUGCACACUCAGGCUCUGCAGGCAUCUCCUCCGCGGUCAGUGGUCCUGGAUUGCCAUCAUGUCAGCGUCAUGGAUUACACAGUGAUCAGCGAGCUCAGGGACCUGUUGAGGCAGUUCCAACUGCGAGAAGUGCAACUAGUUUUUUCCAGAUUGCAGCUCUCUGUUCUGGAGGUUCUCCUCGCAGCUGAUCUGCAGGGCUUCAGGCACGCAGACAGCGUGGAGGCGGCGCUGCAGAUGGAGGCAGAGAGCUUGACCGCUAAUCAGUAACGUUAUCAAGUUUUCAAAAGGGAUGAACUACCUCCCAAAACGGAUGAACUGGCACUUAGCCGGACAGCUCAACUUGACUUGACUCUUCUCGGAGACAACAGCACUACAUUGGAGCAAAAGUCGAAUACUGUGUGUUGUCGCAUUUUAUAUUCUUUUAUAACUUGUGCGUGAAUAAGGAUGUAAUGAGGGAAAUAGUAUUAACUGGAAUAUAUAUAUUUAUACUCACAGAGAACUCCUGUUACAUAUAAGGGCUAAAGGUGAUCUUCAAGGGACCAAAUCUGAAUGUACACAAUAAGAAUAGUUACUUAAUAAUGAACAGAGCAGAGCUAACACCUGUGUCACCUGUCAAUAUUGACUUUGCUAUGUAAAAAAGAAAAUGGUUUAAUUGGCUCAUUAAAAUGACUAAUUGAGUUACA